CUGGCCACUUUGAGCACUUGCACCAGCCCUGAUCACAUGCUAUCCAGCGAGCAGAUUACAAGAAGAGCAGUAGCCUCCAUUUAUACACCCUUUGAAAAGAAACAGAGGUGGGAAACCCACAAAGGUCUCCAGUGUGGGGUUGCAACCAGGACCAUGUGUGCAGAGCUGUUAAGUAAAUUAGUUACCCUGGCGUUGGUAUUUGCAAGCUUUGAUCCAGUUUUGGGCACAGAAGCCACCAAUCCGCCGGAAGGUCCCCAAGAGAGAGCCCCUCAACAAAAAGGGCGGCUGUCUUUGCAAAAUACAGCUGAAAUCCAGCACUGCCUGGUUAAUGCUGGCGAUGUGGGAUGUGGAGUGUUUGAAUGCUUUGAAAACAACUCUUGUGAGAUCCGAGGCUUACAUGAGAUCUGCAUGACUUUCCUACACAACGCUGGAAAAUUUGAUGCCCAGGGAAAAUCCUUCAUUAAAGAUGCUCUGAAGUGUAAGGCUCACGCCCUGAGACACAAAUUCAGCUGCAUCAGUCGCAAGUGCCCUGCCAUUAAAGACAUGGUGUUCCAGUUACAGCGGGAGUGCUACCUGAAACACGACCUCUGCUCUGCCGCCAAGGAGAAUGUCCAAGUCAUUGUGGAUAUGAUUCACUUCAAAGACCUGCUGCAGCACGAGCCAUAUGUCGACCUGGUGAACAUCCUGCUCACAUGCGGGGACGAAGUGAAAAAGGCUAUCACCAGAAGCAUCCAGACCCAGUGUGAACAGAACUGGGGAAGCCUCUGCUCCAUCCUGAGCUUCUGCACCUCAGUCGUGCACAGCGACUCCACACUAGGUCCUGAGAGGAAGCCAGGUGAAGCCACCAAAGCCUCUACCAGCCGUGGGGACAUACUAGUCCACCCUGAGUCUGACCACAGGGAGAGCUCACGAGCUGCCAAGGGGGAGAGAGGUGGCAGGGCUCACUUGAACACCCACCCCCGGGUUAAAGCUGGAGCUCACAGCCCCAAAGGGGCACACGGGAUCAUUGAGCGGGCAGAAGAACUGUCCGACUUCUCCGACAUCCGAAGGUGAAAGGAGGCACCAACUCAACCCUCCCCCUCCACCAAAACUUCCUCCAUUGAGUCCAUCUUCUUAGCUAUGGACAUUCCAAAACCUUUACCAUUCAGAGGGGUGAUGUCAAGCACAGGGCAUUGUGGGAUAUGUGGACUUCAGUGAUAGUGUAUAGAUUAGUAGAGGGAGAGCAGUGGUUCUGGGUUAUUGAUUGUCUCCAGAGAAUUGGACACUCACAUAACCAAUGGGCGAGACAAAAAUGUUAAACCUCCCCCACCCCUUUUAAAAACAACAGAACAAGUGGAUAUUGUUUUCAAUUUGCUUUUCUUUUGGUUGGGGGAAAGGGUGUGGGGAGGGCUCAGCCAGCUUUUAUUUUGGCCAUUCACAGCUCACAGCUCCACUAUGCUUAUGGGGCAGUCUCCAAGCAGAUGGCAGAAUUCCAAAGGGAUCUUCUCUGCCCAUGGCUGUGACUGUAAGAGUUCAAAGUGGGCUGCUGUGACACUCUAAUGAAAUAAAUGUCCAGUUUAUUGCACGGGGAGAUUGCUGUUUUGAGCUAUGUCAUUUUCUCAUAAGUCCUGAGCCAUUGUUCCUUUCUGGGUGACACUAUCCGACUUAAAUGCCCCCUUGUAUGUAUUUUAACCACUGCUUAACUUUAUUUUAUUUAUCCAGUUACUCCAAGAUGUCAGUGGCCUAAAUAGCCAGCUUUGUGACCUGCUUAGCAUCAGAAUGCGCACCUUUUCCACAGACCUCCAAAGUCCCCAGGCAUGUCCUCUUUCAGAACCUGCGGCUGUGCUCACAGAGGAGCAUUUGCUGCAGCAGCCUCCCCACUUGUGGGCAACCCAAAAUGUGGGGCUUAGGCACAAACAGUUGAUGUGUCCUUAAGCUUUGCGGGCUUAGGGAGUAUUUUGGAGGCCUGUUGAAGAUCUAUCCCUUCUAUUGUCUUUGGAAGCAGCAUUAGGGAGUUUGCAGGGCUGUAGAGACUCAGUGUUCUAAAUCUGGCCACAGGCCAUGGUUUAUCAAAGUGCCAAAAAUGACUAUGGGAUAGUGAGAGACGUUUAACUUUUUUUUUAAAACUAGCACACUGGGUAGUGACCUCCAAACCCUACAGAGUGAGAGUGAAAUGCAGAGUGAUAAGAUGGGUUUGGAGAGCUUAAUCUUCCUGAGUGAUUUAAAGUUAGGGUGAGAUGCUAGGGUGCAUCCUUUCUUAUCCCCAUAUACAAAUGUGGCCCUCAAGUUGCACUGCUGCAACCACGUAUCCUAGGAUGUUAUUCUUAAAACAUUGGUUAUCGUAUCCAAAGGCAGAGAGGGGUGGGAACUUUAGUAACCUCUGUUGGGGAAGGAUGAUCUUUCUUGCAAGACAGUAUCACACCAAGGAUCUGAGCACUGGCCUUUUGCUUCAGGAGGCCUGGAGUCAAAUCACCAGUGGUGGGAAGGCAGUUUGGUACAGACUGAACUAACACAGGGAACUGACCUAUGUCUUUGUCACUUGGUGGGAGUGGAGGUGAUUAGCACCACAAGGGAUUUAGCCAUAACUCCCACUGAGUCAAAUUCUGCUUCUGGAUAUGUGUAUGCGGCUUCCAGUAUCUUCAGUGGGAGACUUGUACAUAUAUCCCUUAGCAGAAUCUUGGGCAUUACUUUUAAUAGAAGACAUGUGGGUAAAUCUCCUUGGUUCGGAGGGAGCAAAGAACAACCAUUAACCUGAAGAGUUACACCGUUAUGCAGCCAUCAACCUCUUGAU